AUGGCAUUCCAGUCCAAGAAGUUCCGCGGGGCCGCGGCUCAAAAUACCCUCGCCGCGAAAUACCGUGUCCAGAUGCAGAGGCAUCCGUUCCUCCUCUUCGGACUUCCUUUCAUUGCAACCAUGGUCGCCGGAAGUUUUUUCUUGACCCCAGCAACGGCCCUGCGUUAUGAGCGACACGACCGCAAGGUCCGCCAAGUGUCGAAAGACGAGGAGCUGGGCAUUGGCAAGAACAAGAGGAAGGUCGACAUGAAGGAAGAAUAUUACAGGCUUGCUGCAAAGGACCUCGACGACUGGGAGCAGAAGCGCGUCAAGAGGCUGCCGGGCGAACACGACGGAAAACUUUAG